AUGCUUCGAAGGCGGCUGAUGCACGGCGGCCAGCUCGCCACGCCCUGUGCGGUGUAUGGAGCCGCGCGACGUGACCUCAAGACACUUGACGUCCGCGAGUAUCGCCCACUCGCCACGCCGGUGGAGUUCCGCUUCUAUCAGCGCUACGCCAACCACCCCAACCGGCAGUCCGGCAUCCAGUUUCUCACGCACUACAACACUCACCAGCGGUUCCGCGUGAAUAAGGACUUCAUCGACUACAUGCACUGGGGCAAGGAGCAGGGACAGGCGCGACUGCCGCACCGCCACCAACGCGUCGCCUUUGACUUUGACGACACGCUGCCCCCCACACGCGCCGACGCCGACGUGUCGCAGGCGUGGCUCGCCGGGCAGGACCCGUCACUCGGCUCGCACCCCGACGUUGACGCCGCGUUUGACCCGAACCGCCGCGUCUUUUCGCACCCGGAGCACUGGAACAAGAUGUUUAGCAAGCGUCGCCCGGGAGAGGGCAACAUCGACCUGCGCGUGCUGCCGUCGCAAAGUCUGCUCGGUCCGCUUAUGUCACACUCUGAUACACACGGCGGCGCGUACUUCGCAGUGGACAACCGCGGCCACAGCAGCGGCAGAGUGCCGGGCCUAAACGCCCCAUUCUUAGGCGAGUUUGAUCGCAAGAUGAUGCAGGCCAUGUCAAGGCCGCUCAACAAGGACCGCAGCAUUACCGGCAACGAUGGGCGCUUCUCCAAGACAAUUAUGAUUAAUGAGUCUAGGACGAAUCAGGCCCUAAGUGCAAAGACGGCGCGCGAGUUGUGUGUUGAGAUUGACAAGGCAACAAACGCCGUCUACUCAAAACUGACUGUGUUGGAGGCGGCGCAGUCGGGGCUCUCCAACUAUUUCUGCAGUGGUCUUAACUACGAGAUGCUCGGAUUCGACCUGCAGAUGGCGGCGAUGCUGCGCGAGCGGGCGCGUGCUGUUCUCAACAACGUCUCAGCGAAAACAAUAACAUCAUCAUCAUCAUCAUCAUCAUCAUCAUCAACACCAGCAGCAGCAGCAGCAGCUUCUUUGGCCGCCUCUGCCUUGACAAAGGCACAGGAGCGGGAGGUUGAGCAGCUGCUCCGUGAUGCGUCGCGGUAUGAAGACCGUGUUGACGACGCCCUUCGUCAACACGCGUCGCUCAUAUGGGGUGUGUACAUCGCCCCACGCCCGCUCAUGACGCUGACCAACGGCAAAUGCCGCGGCACCGGUUGCGGCGUCUCACUCUACGCAAAGUACUGCGCACUAAAAGACUCCUCAGAGUUCGUCUUUGACGGCCCCAACGUUGGAAUCACGCCAUACGGUGGCCUCACCCGUCUACUUGCGCGCCCCGAGACGUCGCUGAAGUUCCCUGGUCUCGCAGAGUUUCUGAUGCUGACGGGUACCUCCAUCUUCGCUGGUGACGUCCUUCGGCUGGGCUGGAGCGACCUCUUCACGAGCCUGCCGGACAUGAGCUACCACAUCAAGGAAUGGUUUGACACGACGGAGCACAUGCACAACGAUGCGGUGGCGUGGCAGCUGGGUCACCUGCUAGAGACAUGCUUCAAGAUGCGAGAAGCGCAUUCGUCGGCGAUGGAGCGCGUUGCCAUUACACCGACACGAGCACGCUGGAUUGAAGAGGUCUUCGCCGACCAGCCGUCCGUCACGCAUAUCCUCGACACACUCAGCGAGGUGGAGCGCAUGUCUAUCAGCGCACCCCAUAACACAUGCGACCAGGUGUGCUGCACUCCAUUCACGCUCGACGGUGUCGCCGCGGGCGUGAGCAAGCUAGGGGAGCAUCGGCUGCGCUACACCCUGUCACCGUGGGACAUCAGGCCACCAGAGGACGAGGUGUCUCUGCAACACACGUCGGAGAUAUUCAACGCGUACGUCUUGGAGCGCCGUGGAACGCUGGAUGUCAUUGUCCACCGCGACACGGAGCGGCUAGCAGCGUGGCAUCGGCAGCGGGAGCAGGAGUAUCAUGCCUACAGCAGUCUCAAGUCUGCACCGCACCCGCGCCAUGUGUAUGCCCGCUUAGAGGGAUGCGAGGGGAAACUGGUCUCCUUUGACUUCACAUUUACGUUCGAGCCGAAACAAAGAGACAAAAACACCACCGAUGGUAGCAGCAUCAGUAGAGGUAACAAGAAUAACCAGAAGGACGACGACAUGGUACGCACCGCCACACUUGAUGAACUUAAGCAGCAGGUGUUGACUGCCCUCGACAUGCCCACCAAUCGCGACGUUGAAGUGGGUUGGUACUUGCCAACACUCGACACGUGCCCUAUUUACAGCGAUGAGGACCUUAUGCAGGUGCUGCACUCGGACCCUGGCAUCGAGGACCCACAGGCGCAACUAAAGUAUCCUCCUAUUUACUUUAUCGUAAAGCGCAACACGCUAUACUUCUCUGAGUGGGCGUAUGCGGUGAAGCACCAGUUGCUGCUGCAAUCGCCUCUCGCAUUGCGGGCGGCGUACGAGCUGCUGCAAGAGGUGCGCGGCGACGGUGCAGCCGAGAACAUCAAGUCGCUGGCAGAGGCACUGGCGGUAGAGUUUAAGUACGUCUCGCGUCUGCUCCGCCGCCCUGACUUUUACCGCGUCGGUGUGCACACCGAAAANUCAGCGGAGGAGUGGGAUGAAAUCCGUGCGGAGCGGCGGCACAACUUGCACAAGGUACAUCACCCAACGCGCCCACUGCCUGACUUCGAGGAUGUCUUUGAGCGAGAUGUGGUGCUCGAUGGGCACAAAUUCCUGCUGCGCCCGCGCUGGAGCCCGCGCACGCUGCAGGACGUGGCUCACGAAGACGUGCUGCGGCUGCGUGCCCCCCUGGCGUACGACAGCGACGGCACCGUGCCGUUGCACGUCGCGGCGCACUACAGCAAGGCGGCGCGCCUCACUGGUAUGGUGGAGGAUGCCGGCGGGGUGGAGAUGGUGUGUGGGCUCGGCGAGUGUGACACGAGCGGCGCCCCGCUGGCGCCGCCACUGCAGUCCAACGCUCAUGUGCCAACGAACGUCAACUUCUAUGAGAUGGCGCGCCACCCAUGGGACGAUACGGCGUCGUCGUGGCGCCGCGAUGGCUACACGGAGGGAUCGUUGGCGCACUACGAGGCACAGUACCGCGCGGCUGAGCGCGCAGUCUACGACGAGGAGGGCCGCGGCGCACAUAACUACUGGCCGUCGCGCGAGGCUGCCGACGGCAUCACUGGCGAGGACGAGGACGUGGCGUUGCUCCAGGAACGCCUCUUUGCCCCACUGGAGCAGGCGGGUGCAGGGGUGGAGCCGUGGGCGCAGCAGCUGCGCCGCAACGCACGUGAUGGGAAGCUCGGAUAUAAGGCGGAGAUUGCUACGCAGGAGGAGAAGAUAUACGAUGACGAAUACUACCGCUGGUUCAUUCAGCCUGGCCGUCACCCGAAUCCGAGCGGCCUUACUACUGGCCGCAAGAAGGCCACAGCGCAGAGUACAGGCGAUGACGCGGAGCUCGAGCGCAUCUGGCGCAGUGUUGCUGCUGGCGAGGACGAAACAACGGUAUCAGCCGCAACAGCUGAGGAAGGGGGAAUAUUAGGUGGCGAAGAUGUAGAGGAGGAGGCCGCUAUGACGGGCGAGGGUGAAAGCAGCUGA